CUCUCCAACGUCCAUAUCGGCUUAAAUUAUCCAAAUUAACCGUGCAGUCUAUUAAUUUCCACACAAUCCGUAAACCAUGUCUAAAGGAACCGUCAAGCUCGUGCCAGCUCUUCUCGUCCUCCUAUUCCUGAAUUUUAAGUUGAACCAGGCCCGAGAAGUUCUGAUACCUCCUCAACCGAAAAACUUCACGGCGAAAAAUGUGACACCGAGUAAAUCCAUGGAGAAGACCUGCGAGGACGAGUUUAAAUCGAUUCUUUGGGGGGAGAAGUUUAAAGAACCGCCAUUUUUGCCCGGCGAUUGCGAAGAAGCGAUCCCAUUACGUGAUCCAUGUUACGAGGAAGUUAGGCGCGAACUUGCGGAAGAAAUCGACCGUUUGAGUACAUGUAUGAAGAAUAUCGCAAGCGAACUCGCAAAUGAUGGCGUCAUCGGUAUAUGCGUCGUUGAGACGAGCAUAGGGAAAAUGACCGGCAAAGGAAACAAGGAUCGGCGACUCACCGUGGCACAUUCAAAAGAAAUUAACUCGGAAACGUCGAAGGAUAAAUCGCCUGUGGAAAUUUCGCCGUGGAGGGGGAAAGAGUCAUCGUCCAAAUGUAAAGCUUGAAGAAUCAUGUGAAACUGGACCAGUGUAAUAAUGAUUCGCAUCAUAUUUUAUAUUAAAAACGGGGUUAAAAACCUAGACAUUACAUUCGUAAGGUGUAAGAUAUACAAUGCAUUCUUUUCUGGGCCAGCUUCUCUAGGAACAUUCUGCAGAAUACAUCGUCG